AUGGCUGCACGAAGAUACUCCAGUCAGCGUACACGUGAGAAAAUCAAAUCAGAUGAGAAGUCAGCAUGUAUAGCAAUCUGCGACAGAAUGGGAUAAAAGGGAUAUUAGAUUGGGAAAACAAAGGUAUUUUUAAGAGCUGGGCAGAUAGCUGAACUAGAUGCAAGGAGAACUAAAAUCUUGGCUAAUGCAGCAAGACGAAUACAAAGACAAAUCCGAACAUAUCUAACCAUAAAGGAAUUUAUUUCCCUAAAAAGAGCUACAAUAAAUAUGCAGAAAUAUUGGAGAGCCCAACUUGCACGAAAGCAGUAUGAACAAAUGAGAAGGGAAGCUGCUUCAAUUCACAUACAGAAACACCACCGUACCCAUAUGGCAAGAAAAUUCUACACAAAACUACAGGCAUCUGCAAUUGUUAUCCAGACUGGAUUACGAGCAAUGGCAGCUAGAAAAGAUUUCAAGCAUAGGAGAAGAACCAAGGCUGCAACUUUGGUUCAGACAAGGUGGAGAAGACACCAUGCUCUUUCUACUUAUAAACAUCAAAAGAAGGCCACUCUUGCACUUCAAUGUCUUUGGAGAUCAAAGGUUGCGAGGAAGGAACAUAGAAAGCUCAAAAUGGCUGCAAGAGAAACAGGUGCACUCAAGGAAGCUAAGGACAAGUUGGAGAAGCGUGUUGAAGAGCUUUCAUGGAGAGUAGAAUUUGAAAAGCAUUUGAGGAUUGAUCUUAAAGAAGCUAAGGGGCAAGAAAUUGCCAAGUUACAAAGCACAUUACAUGAAAUGCAAGAGAAGUUAGAAGAAGCCCAUGCUGCAGUCAUUCAUGAGAAAGAAGCAGCAAAGUUAGCAAUCGAACAAGCUCCACCAGUCAUAAAGGAGGUGCCAAUAGUGGAUGAUACUAAACUAGAAAUACUGAGAAAACAGAAUGAAGAACUAGAGGGUGAACUGAGUGAGGUGAAGAAGAAAUUUGAGGAUUUCGAGGAAAUGUUUUCUCAAGUGGAGAAAGAAAGUGAAGAAAGGCUUAAAGAGGCAGAAGAAGCACAGCUGAAUGCAAGGCAGCUUCAGGAGACUAUUGAAAGACUUGAAUCAAACUUGUCCAACAUUGAAUCCGAAAAUCAGGUGCUGAGCCAACAGGCUCUUGUUGCUUCAACCAAUGAAGACCUGUCAGAAGAGUUAAAAGACCUUAAGAGUAAGGUUGUAGACUUGGAAUCAGAGAAUGAAAAUCUUCGCAGCAAGGCUGUAGUCGUUUUGGAACAAAAAGUUAUUUCAAAAAUUCCACAACCACCAAUCAAGGUUUAUGAUAAUGGCCAUCACAUAGAGGAGGAACUCCAAAAACCAAAGGCACCAAGAUCUAUAAGAGCAAGAUCAAUUAGGGGGUCAUCUAGAAAUAUCCAUUCAAACAUAGUAGCAAAACAGCAAGCAUCAAAUGUACACUGGCGAAGCAUUGUCAAUGAAUUAGACCAAACAUUGGGUAUUUUGUCUGAGAACCAUGUGUUUGACAAAAUGCUUCAAUGA